AUGUCCGACCACACAUACAACUUCAACAUCACCAUGACUUGCGGCGGCUGCUCCGGCGCAGUUGAGCGUGUUCUCAAGAAGCUCGACGGUUCGCGACGAUUCUCUCUCGUGCCCGCUACUAUACUAAUCGCUGUCUUAGGUGUCAAGUCGUUCGAUGUCUCCCUCGACAGCCAAACCGCAAAAGUCGUUACCGAACCCUCCCUCGACUACAACACUGUGUUGGAGAAGAUCAAGAAGACUGGCAAGAAGGUCAACUCAGCUGAGGCUGACGGUCAGCCUCAAACUGUCUAA